AUGUCAACAAAUGGUGCCCCUUCUGGAAUAAAGAGAAGUGGGUCGCCCUCACAGGGGUCCCAUUUACGAGGUUCUAAGGUUCGCGAUGCUCAAGGAUUCAGAAUACGCCAACAAGAAAGAGAUAAAUUUGAAAAGACGGCAUUUGAUCAGAUGGGUGGCUCCAAUAGCAGUGAUGACACAUUGAUCGAAGGCAAGACCAUUGCUGAAGAAGAAGCAGAAGGCGCAAAGUACAUCAUUGAUGGGAAGUUGAGAAGAGUUACACCUUACUAUUUCACGUACUUGACCUAUUGUAAACUUCGUUGGAGAGAUCGAAUAUUGUUGGAUAUAUUCACCGAUGAGUUUAGAGACAGAACACCAGAGGCAUAUAAAAAGGCAAUUGAAGAUGGAAUGGUGAGUAUCAAUUCGAAAACUGCCAAUUUGGAAACAGUUGUCCGAAAUGGGGAUCUUAUUAGUCAUCGCGGCUUUAGACGAGAGCCACCAGUUAAUUCAUCGCCAAUCAAGAUUGUGUUCGAAAAUGAUGAAUUACUUGUCAUUGAUAAACCUUCCGGUAUCCCAGCUCACCCCACUGGCCGAUAUCGUUACAACACGAUCACAAAGAUUUUACAACACGACAUGGGCAAAACGGUGCACCCAUGCAAUCGGUUGGAUAGAUUAACAUCGGGAUUGAUGUUUUUGGGCAAAACCGCGCAAGGGUCAAAUGAUCUUAUGAAGCAAAUAAGGGAUAGAAAUGUUUCCAAGGAGUAUAUUGCCAGAGUUAAAGGACAAUUUCCCACGACAAACCUUACGAUUGACAAGCCGUUGUAUACCUUGAGUCCCAAACACACAUUGAACGUUGUUGAUGAAAAACAAGGCAAAGAAGCUGUUACCGAGUUCAAACGUGUCUCUUAUGAUCCAGUCACUGACACUAGCGUGGUAAAGUGUCAUCCUUUAACUGGAAGAACGCAUCAAAUUAGAGUUCAUUUGCAAUACAUAGGCUAUCCAAUAGCAAAUGAUCCAAUAUAUUCCAACCCGUAUAUUUGGGGUGAUCAACUCGGCAAGGAUGGGAAUGCAAAUUAUCUCGAAGUGAUUUCCAAGUUGGACUCUAUCGGAAAAACCAGGGCAGCUUCGAGUUGGAUACACCCAGAGGAAGAUGGCGAGGUGCUUUCCAACGAAAUAUGCCCACAUACAGGAUUGCCGUUAUACACUGAUCCAGGUUUUAACGAUCUCGAGCUUUGGUUACAUGCGUAUUCAUAUAAAGCUGAUGAUGGAUCAUGGUCGUAUAAAACCGAGUAUCCUGAAUGGGCCCUUGAAUAUAGCAGAAAAUUCAUGCUUCAAGCAUUAAGGGAAGCAAACAAAUGCGGUGAAACGCAAACACAAUUCAAUGUGGGGUGCGUGAUUGUCCAUAAUGGUGAAGUUCUUUCAACGGGACAUUCUAGAGAGCUUGAAGGAAACACCCAUGCUGAGCAAUGUGCAUUGGAAAAGUAUUUUGAAAAGUCUGGGAAAAGAGAAGUACCAUUGGGAACUGAGCUUUUUACAACCAUGGAACCUUGUUCCUUUCGUUUGAGCGGUAACCUCCCGUGUGUUCAAAGAAUUUUACAGACACCUGGAAUUAAAACGUGUUUUGUUGGGGUGGUUGAACCUGACGUUUUCGUAAAGGACAAUACUUCUUACAAAAUCCUCACCGAUUCAGAUAUUGCGUACGUCCAUAUUCCUGGUUACGAAGAUGAAUGCUUAGAAAUUGCAAAGAAAGGUCAUGAAAAGAUUUAA